AGCAAUAGGGCUUCUGUCGGCUGAUUGUUCGCGUCGCAACUUACGCGGGACACUGUCCAAUGUUUCUUCAGUAGUGAGCACUUGAACACCGUGAAGGUAGCCAUGGCAUGCAGGCCUUCGUCUGCAGCCCUGGUAUUCUUCGUGGUCGUGUACGCCAUUUGCUGUCAUGCCGCCGCUGCAGCUGAGGCCAAGAAGCACACGUUCUACACGUUUUGCUUCUGGGACGCCUUCUCACGGUGGCGGCCGACGCCGCACAACUUCAACGUGAGUGACAUUCCCGCCGAGCUGUGUGACGCGGUCAUCUACUCCCACGUGACCAUCGACAACAACACCGGCCAAGUGAAGCUAACCGAGAAGGAACUGGAACUAGACCCAGAGGCAAGGGCUUAUUCAAAAUCGUUCUUCUACAAUCCGAUAUGGAUGCUUCCUCCACAUCGCGCAUUCCGCGAAAUGAGUGAGCUGAAGAAGCGCAACCCGAAGCUGAAGCUCCUCCUCGCCAUAGGAGGCCCGCACGAGACGACCGACAGGUACUUGCAGUUCUUACGGCAGAUGUACCCCUGGCGGGAAAUGGGGAUCAGCAUCACGCAGUGGCUCAAGACAUACGGCUUCGACGGAAUCGUGCUCGACUUCUUCUCGGGCACAAGGACGGCGCACGACCCCGACUGGACAUGGAGCUCGGCUAAACUCAUAGACCCUUUCCUUUGGCAAAUAGGACAGAGUUUCAAGGAGUACUCGGCGAAGUGGCACAUCAUCCUCACUCUGCCCGCUUUCGACAGUUCGACGCACUACCUAUUCGACAUCAACAGACUCUCGCAGCAAGUAAACUUCUUCUUUGUGAAAAGCAGCGACUGCUUGGAAUUUCCGCGAGGUGCAGGACUGAACGUAUCGAGGUCCAUGGACAUGUCUGAUAUUGACAGAAUCGAACUCAUUGUGAAGAGGGGAGCCGAGCGCACGAGAGUUGUUCCGGAAGUUCCCUUGUCGGGUCGUACGUACUCGGUCACAGGUGGGGGCUUCGGUAAGCCUACUCUAUUCGCCGGGCCACCUGGCAAUUACACCAAGCAACAAGGGCUCAUGUCGUCAUUCGAGGUUUGCGGCCAGCUUCAAAGUGGUUGGCAGCAGGGGCGCUCCAGUCAAGACUCCUGUCCGUAUCUAAAGGACGAUGAAGACUACGUUGCCUACGAAGAUGAAGAGAGCGUUCGUAAAAAGGCAAGCAUGAUCAUUGGCCGCAAGUUCAGAGGCGCAGUCAUCAGAAGCGUAGACCUGGACGACUACAAUUCCAAAUGCGUGGGAAAGUCUAACCUCGUGAAAGUCCUUCGCUCCAGCUUCGACGCAGCGACGCCCGACAUCGACUACCCUUACAAUCCACCGACAGCCUCCUGGUGGGACGAGGACAUUUUCAAACUGAUGCCCACCACGGCAACGCCUCCGAAGCGGACAACGACCACAUCGUCGAAGGUGUCGACACCGUCUCAGAAGAAAGAGCCAGCGAGGACGAAGACUCCUACAAAGGGUCAGCCAGUCCCGUCAUCAGUUACGGUACCUGCCUCGAAAUUCCCGCGAACGGUUCCGAAUACGCCCGACAAAGUAGUGCCUGCCGAGGCAAGCACCGCGCCCGUAAGCGGUGAACCACUGACAACUACACCUGCGGAGUCGUCUUCGAAGUCAUCGACACUCGUCACUACCGAGGCGGUGACGAAGAGGAGUAGCGACGAUAUCUGCAAGGGUGCCAAACAAAGCGCCAUGCUACCGCACGAGUCAGACUGCAGCAAAUACUACCACUGCGUGCAUUCCAAACCGCACCUCCAGAACUGUGCACCGGGAACAAUAUUCGACAUCGAGCGGCAAAUAUGCAACUGGCCUGCGAUCACCAACCGACCCGAAUGCAAGCUUUCGUGAUGUUUAGGCAUCGUGAACGACUGUCUUGUAAACUGCAUUGUACUUACUUUGCGGAAUCGCAUUUCUUUUUUUUUAAAUAAAUCGUAUUUCUUCAGUGGUAUUCGUUGUAUAGUCAUACA